UGGCUGCCUGCUUUGGGAGCCCUGGCCUGUUGGCAGGUAUUCUGCAGUGAGGUCAGAGGGACAGCGCAGGUCUUAUUCUGGGUAACAGCCACCUCCUCCUCAGGGCACCAGCCCCAAGGUACAAUAGGACAGCAUAGAGUGGGCACCACUGGGCAGGCUGCUGUCAGCCACCAAGGACCUGAAGCAGGAUGCUCAUCUCAGGCACCUCAAUACCCCUGAUGGCAGGCGGCCUGGGCACCAAGGGGCCCCCUGGGCCCCCUCCACCUCUGUUGCCCAAGCCAGGAAAAGACAACCUACGGCUGCAAAAGCUUCUGAGGAAAGCUGCCCAGAAGAAGAUGGCAGGGGCUGCCCCUGCCCCACCAGGGGCCUUCCGCACCUCCCUCUCCCCAGUGAGUGAGGCCAGCCAUGACCUGGAGACUGCAGCCCCGCGUGCCACCGAGGUCCCGUGUUCUGCCAAGGCCCCAUGCGUGGCAGCCCCCCUGCCCUGUUCCUUGCCUACUCCAGUCAUCCACCACGUGGCUUCGCCUCUGCAGAGGUCCACGUUUUCCUUCAGCCUCACUCAACGCAGGGCCCUAGCUGCUCACUUCAAGGUACCUUCAAGCCUGGAAGCCCUGGACUCAGAACCUGUCCGGGCCCCCAGUGGCUUCGCUCCUGUAUCAGUCCCUGCAGCAAGGAGCACCCAUAUCACCCAAGUGCAUAUCCAACUAGCACCAUCCCCACAUGCUGGGACUCCUGAGCCUCCCAGGAUGGCCCUGCCUGGCAGCCCGAGCAACCAGGAUGGAGACACAAGCCCACGUACCCCCAGUACCCAGCCCCUGAUCCCAGUGGUCCACAUUCGCCCCCUGCCGACUGGGGCCCAGGUAGCCAGUCCUGGGCCCGAGGAGACCCCCAAAGCAAGGCUGCUACCUAGCUUCCAGACCUCAGUGUCCAAAGAGGCUGGCAUCAGGGUGGUGGUGCCUAUAGCUCCCACCUACCGCUCACCCAGACCCUCGCCUUACAGCCCAGCCCCUAUGGUUCCCGAAACUGAGCGCCUGGAGGAGCCACUCCGGGCCGGCCCUGCCUCGGAGGUUGAACGUGUCUCCAGCUCCCUGGGAUCCUCACUCCCCGCUCCACCCUUGGGCUCCCACACUUGCCCUGCCCCCAAAGUCGCACCCAAGCCCCAGGUCAGCGGCUGGACACGCCUCAAGAAGCAGCUGAUGGAAGAGGCUGAGCAGCCCCCAUUCCCUGGGCCAGAGCUGAGCCUGGAGCCCACACAGACAGAGGGGUCCACCCUGGCCAGGCCCCAGCCUCCUGCCUCCCGGGCCUCCAGAAUGUGGAAUGCAGUACUACACCGCAUGUCAGUGGCUGAAUCCCAUGACUGCCCAGUGGGCCGCAGAGAUGGGGAGCAUCCCCUGGCCAGCCUUGGCCGCCUGCCUUUCCUGUACCGGCCUCGCUUCAAUGCCCGAAAGCUGCAGGAGGCCGCCCGGCCCCCUCCCACACUCCACUCCAUCCUAGAGCUGAGCCCCCAGCCCAAGAACUUCAACCGGACAGCAGCUGGCUGGAGGCUCCAGUGAAGUGGCCAGAGAGGGCCCCUAGGACCCAGGGUAAUGGGGUGGACAGAAGACAGAUUGAGGCUAGAGCAGGGAGGCCAUGACAGGCAAAAGUGCAGUGAGGUACAGGGGCAGGUGGGUGUGGAGCCAGGGCACCUGGGUGCUGAGUGGAGCCUGUUGGUUGGGGGCAGGCCAGGAGUCAGGAGCAGGAAGGAAAGUCAGAGAGGUGAAUGAAGCAGGGAGCAUGGGGAGGAUGCAUGUGGGAGGAGCAGUUGGUGGUAUGGAGAGGACGGGGACAGUCUCCAUCAAUGUACCAUGGGAGCUUGAGGAUGAUAGGACAGACACAGGUCUGCAACGUGGCCAGGUAGGGUCUCAUUGACCUGCCUGUGUCUCCUCACAGCCAGGCCGGCUGUCCCCUCUCUUUUGCUGUCAAAGCCAAGAGGACAGAUUCCAUUCUAUAGGGUGAGAACGGUGGCCAGAGAGUGGUGGCCAAGUCUGAUGGAUGGCAGAGGCUAGACCUAAGGCAGGGUAUAAAAAGGGGGCCCAGGGUAGUGGGAGCUGGCACAGGAGAGAGUGUUGAGAGGAAGGUAGGAAGGGCUGACCAGACAGGGGAAGAGGGCUAGCAUGGCCCCAUCUGCUCCUCCCAUGCUUCCUUGCCUGGGCUGCUGUCUACAGGACUUUCUGAGGAGAAAGAGUGGCAGGGGCCUGUGCUGGACAAGGCCAGGCUUCCAGGACUGGAUGAGGAGGGGCGUCCUCAGCACUGGGCUAGGAGAGGAGAAGCUGGGACCCAGGCAGGAGCGCUGAGGUGGCCUUACACUCAGCCAGACUCUGACAGGCCAGCAGCCACAAGGAGAGGGACGCAGAGGUUCUAGGAGAAACCUCCAGUCCCAGACUCAGCAUGGGGAGAAAGCAGGGGACAGGGCAGCUGCCCCACUUGGGAUAUGAUGGGUGUUUUGGAUGGAGCCUGGGACCAAGGUCACUAAUAAAUACUGUCUAACCACAGGGUGUCAUCUCUGUCUUUACCACAGGAUGGGGAGGGCAGCAGAAGCUUCCAGUUGCCCUCAGUCAGGAUAGUAGGGUCAGACUAGGUUCCAGCCCCUUUUCAGGCCCUCACCCUCAGCCUUCCAAUGUGCAAGGAGACCAUGCUCCCAGGGUUCUGCUUCUCUUCAUCUCCUCUAACACUGACCCUGCAGUGGCUGGACUGCCCCAGUUUCCCUGGCAAGCUCCACUGGGCAUAGUAGGACUCCACAGAGGGAGCGUUGAGCUUCCCACAAGUGGUGGCUGAGCCAGCCUGGCCUAGUGAGAGGGUCAGAGCUCCAGGCUGGUGUGAGGUAGGGGGACCAAGUCUGCCCAGGCCCAGGAAGACUGAGCUGGGUCUGGGAUGAAGCCAGCUUUGAGGCCAGGCCUUUGGCCUACAGGGCCUAGCUUUGCAGCCCAAGACAUGGUUGACGAGCCCUGUCUAUGCCGCCAUGUUUCCAAGACAGUGCAUCUUAUGUACAAUGUGUUGUGUUCUGGUCACUGCCCCAG